CGGCAUCGAGCUGUGGACGAUGCAGGACGGCGCGCUGUUCGACAACAUACUCAUCUCGACGGACCCCGCGCCGGCCAAGAUUGCGGCGGAGGCCUUCGCGGCGCGCUCCGAGGCGGAGAAGGCGGCCAAGAAGGCGAAGCAGGAGGCCGCCGAGGCGGAGAGGAAGGCCAAGGAGGAGGAGAGGAAGGCCAAGGAGGCCAAGGAGGAGGAGGAGGCCAAGGAGAAGGCCAAGGCCGAGGCCGAGGAGGCCAAGGAGAACCCGGAGAAGGACGAGAUCUGACCGCCUUGUGGCCGCAGGCCGCGGACGCGGCGGCAGCCUCCCGCGAGCGUGGUCUCUGCGGGCGCGGCAGAGGCCAGAGCGCAUCCGACCCCUUAGCUUUAGGCAGCGUGUGUGUGUGUACGUGUGUACGUGUGCAGCGGUGGGAGGGGCUGCGCAUGGCUCCGCGGUGCGCGGCGCUGGCGAGAGCAGGUGUCCCGGCAACCCGAGCAGCCCCGCCGCAAGAGAGAUGUCUCGUUUCGAUGUAUUAGCACCGACUUCCCGAAUGAUCACGGUUGAUCAGAGGGCAGAUUUGGAGAGAUCUCGAGGAGUACACACAGAUAGACCCUCCAA